AUGGUGCCCAACAAGCCACCGAAGAAACAACCUACAGGCACCCCUAAGCGGCAGUACAGUGAAGGCUUGCCGCUGAUUUGCGGUGACACUGAGGAAUGCCUUGCUCACUUGAACGAGCUUAGCCGUGCCUGUCAUACUGUUUUACAUAGCAAACAAAACGUUAUUCCCGGUCACAUUAAUAACGAACCUUCCCCGCCGAUCGAGAAGCCCCGUGAUCUUCUGGAAAUGCCAUUACACACCAAAGUCGAAUGGAAUAGCAAUGCCGACUUCGACAGCAGCGGCGACAUUUAUCCCGAGCGACUGUCAGCCGGUGACCCCGUCAUUAUCUGGGCCUUUGGCCUGCCAUUCAUUCCAGUCUACACCGGAUACUACGCCAUGGUCGGACAAAACUGGUCCAAACACCUCUGGCAACUCGAUCAUAAGGUACAUAAUAAGAAGCUAUCUGACCGUGGUUUCACUUUCGGGCAGGUUAUCGCUCCAUGGAUUAGCGACACCCCUCGUUCUGACUACGCAGUCCAUAUUGAUUGGGAUGAUCUAUCCACCGAGCCUUGGGCGCACAGAGACAUCAAGAAACCUUCCUUAGUCGAGCAUCCCAGUGACAUGGUUUUGACCGUUGGUAAUGGGCGCGCAAUGUUGACCCCCCUGCACAACUUCGUCGGUUUCCAUCCAGCCAUUGGCCCUUUCAAGUCCCGCAAAGCUACUCGUCCAACUGGCCCCGACGGUAUCAGGGCAAAGGCAUGGCAAGUGCGGCUGAAAUCACGCUACACUAAAUCUUCUGACGUGCACCCAGAACGCGUGUCUCUUGUCAAGUCCAGUCAUUUAGCUAGCUGCGAUGGCCCGACCCCCGCCUACUGCGAGACGACCGAAUCUGGUGACGAUGAAAGCGUUGCUGACGAAAGUGACACUGGAAUCAACUCAGUAAACGACCCGGCCCCUUCUAACACACCAAAAGCUAGAGGCAAGCGCAAGGCUACGACUGAAAGCGCUCCCGUGCUGUCGAGUUCAUCCAACGCUACUGUCUAUAUCCGAGGUGCCCUUGGCGAUUACGAUAGCUCUGCUUUGGCAGUUUGUGACAGGAUUGACAGACUGUUAACCAAUUGCCUGACGUUUCAGUCCACUCGGGAUGUGCUGAACACUGAAGCUGCCCGUCGAGUGCGCCGGUUGAUUGAUGAAUUCCCAAAGGCUGCCGCAGAAUAUUUGACAACUUAUGCAGAGAUUCGCAACAGUACUAGUAAUUGUCAAGAGGGGGCUGUGCGCUAUAUGUUAAACCGAGCACUACAAAACGCAAGCCUACCAGACAAUGACGAACUCCUUGUGGACCCUGCUCAGUCGAACCGUCCCAUCGACCACCCGUCCGAUGAAGUUGUUAACAGCCCUGACGAGGAUUCCAUCAUUCAUCACGGGGAUUCGACUCGCAACAAUGGAGAUUCAGCUGGCGAGAACUGGCAUUCAGCUAGUGACAACGAAGAUUCAACUAGCGAUCACGAGGAUCUCGCCGUCGGGGAUAGCCAAGACUCCACACCCUAA